UCUGGGUGUAGUUUCCGAACGUACCCAAGUCAAAUAUUUUAUUUUAAACAAAUUCAAACUUAAAUAUUUUGAAUUUUGGCUAAAAAUGUUUUGAGACUCAACUAAAAGAGUUUGAGUUGAAUUAAGAUUAUAGUUCUUAUCUAUUCCACUUAAGUUUUGCAUCUAUUUCUUUUUCUUCUUUGAUAUUUAACUGAAAAUGUUUAUAACUUUAAAUUUAUGGUCGUAUGGACAAAAUGUCCAACCUUAUCCUGCCUUAUCCGACACUCGAUAAUAAUAAUAAUAAUAAUAAUAAUAAAUGUAAUUUUUCAUUUAUAUACUAUUGUAACGUUUGACAAGACGUCAAUGUUUGUUUUGACAAGAAUAUAUUUCAUUUAGUAUUUAGUGACGUGCUGUGCAGUAAAAAUGGGAAAGAGGAAAUUAAAUCUCUCAACAAGAAGACUUUCCUUGAAAAAAGGACAUCGACUGAGGCGGCGGAUGUUACGAGAAAUGCAAAAAAAAUUAGCAAAUAACACACAAGCUACUUUGACUACUGAAAAUCCCACCGAUUCCAUUGAGUCUCAGGUUUCUGCUCAUUUGCUACCAGAUAAUAUAACGGAUGCAGAUGUUAAUACUGAAAUACAUUGCUUUGGCCAAAUUAAAGAAGAAAAAUCAGUAGAUAAUGAAGAAUUUGAAACAUACGAAGAAAAUGGUGUGUACAAUCUAAAUAUUAAGCAUUUUGAAGAUAACAAAGAUGAAGAUGAUACCAUCACUAUUGAAAAAAGCAGUUGCUUAUUGGAUGCAAUGUGUAUGCAAGAAAAUAUACCUGAAGGUCGUUGUAUUGUUGAUAUCUCUUUUGUGUGGAAUGAACUCCGUCGUGUAUUCGACAAUCAUAUGGAUCACUCAGUCUUUAUAGGAAUUAAAUGCCAGUUUAAAGACUGGAAACUAGUCAAGUUUUAUCGUCGUGGAUUACGAAUUCAAUUCUCCUUUAAAUGUCAGAUGUGCCGCCAGGAAGCUAGCAUCUGGUCUGAGCAUGUGGAAUCUGAAACAUUGGAUAUUAACGCAUCUGUUGUAGCUGCAACAUUAAAAGCAGGAAUUGGGUUUUCCCAGUUGAAAAAAUUGUGUGCAGCAAUGAACAUUGUAUGUAUGUCUAAUAACACUUAUAGGAAGAACAAGAAAAAUUUAUUGGAGAAUUACAACAAAACAGCUAUCCAAAAUAUAAAACGGAAAUUGUUUUAAAAUCAAUUUCAGAAUGCAUUGCUUUAUAUGUUAUAAAAUAUCUUUUU